AUGGAUGCUGACAUUGUAAAUAAUAUAUUAAAUAAACUGGCUCCCAAAGAAUUCAUUAAACCUGUGGAUAAACUUAACAAACCAAUUACAAUUUUAAAUGAUGGGUCUGAUUCACGAUUUAAAAAUGAUUCAUGCGAAUAUAUGAAUGGUCCCCUAAGUAACAAAAUGAGGGAAGAAUUAACUCCAUACACUAUGGCCAAUAGAUUUACUCUUGGGCUGGAAAGAUUAGAUUCACUUGAUGUUACUAAUGUAACUCAUCUGGCGUACUGGAGACCUUCAUCUUCCAAAGUGGGAAAUCCAAUAGAAAAUGCAUUAGACGAUGAUCCUGAUACCUUUUGGCAGAGUGAUGGUAAGCAACCACACAAACUAGACAUAUAUUUCAGUAAAAAAAUGAGUAUUAUCAAGAUAGGUCUUUACAUAUCACUGCACCAAGAUGAAUCGUAUACACCACGUGAAAUAAAAAUAUACGUGGGCUCUAGUCCUACCAAUUGUAACUAUUACAAGAGUUUAUCUGUUAAUCAUCUUGAUGGAUGGGUCGCAUUGUCGUUUAUUGACAAUAGACCACAUGAUAAGUUGUUAAAAUGCCGAUUUAUUCGACUAGAAUUCCCAUUUAAUCACGAGAAUGGGAAAGAUACACAUAUACGGGGAAUUAGAGUUUAUGCUCCUUCCACAACUGCCAAUAUUGAAUCAAGAGAUCCCAUGCAGGUACUACCUAUCUCUUCUAGAUUGUUCAACGAGUUCGCUUUAAAGUAA